AUUAUAUCAUUCUCGCUCCUCACCAUCAUUCAUCAAUUCAUCUUCAACAUUCUUCCCAACUUUCCUUCCCUCUCUUUUCUUCUUAUUCUCAGCUCCAAAUCCCAUUGAACCUUUUAUCACUAUUCGCAAAGUGUUUGUGAUUUGGUGUCAAUUUUUGAAGAGAAGUUAAAAGACUGAGCUUUGGUUUUAAAAAAUCUAAAGGGUCUUAGCAAAUCACAGUUUUUUUCAUGAUUUAAUAGCCCCCUGCAAAUGGUCUUUAAUUCCUCUCAUUUCGAUCAAGCCUCCUCCUCCAAUCAUUUGUAGCUCAAUUUUUCCAUGUUAAUUUUUCAGGUGCUAUAAAGGUAGUUUGUUAACGAAUGAUGGACACAGCUGAAGUUGAAGAAAUUUUGCUUGCAAUUGGUGAGCCGAAGUUGCAUGGGGGAAUGUGUAAGAGCUUAUCGGCAAUUUAUGGCAGAGUUUUGAGUAUAUUCCCUGACUUAGAAGCGGCGAGGCCAAGAAGCACCUCGGGCAUUCAGGCUUUAUGUUCUUUACAUAUAGCCCUUGAGAAGACCAAGAAUAUUCUUCAACAUUGUGCGGAAUGUAGUAAACUUUACUUGGCUAUCACGGGUGAUUCUGUUGUUUUAAAGUUUGAGAAAGCUAGAAGUGCUCUUGAAGAUGGUUUGAGGCGGGUUGAAGACAUUGUCCCACAAGCUAUUGGUUGUCAGAUUGCUGAAAUUCUAUGCGAACUCAUUGAGAUUGAUUUUUCAAUUGAUCCACUGGAGAAACUAGUCGGUGACGAGAUAAUAGCAUUGCUUCAGCAGGGUAUAAAAUUUAACAAUUCCAAUGACAGUACCGAACUCGAAUCUUUUCACCAGGCUGCUACUAGACUUGGUAUUACAUCUUCAAGAGCUGCUCUUAGAGAAAGAAGGUCUUUGAAGAAACUUAUCGAAAGAGCUAGGGCAGAGGAAGACAAGCGAAAGGAGUCAAUUGUAGCUUAUCUUAUGCAUCUCAUGAAAAAGUAUUCAAAGUUAUUUAGAAAUGAGUUCUCAGAUGAUAAUGACUCUCAGGGAUCAACACCUUGUUCUCCCACCAUUCAGGGGUCAUUUGAGGACGGGGUACCUGGACUUAAUGUUCAUGCUUUUGAUCGGCAACUAUCAAAACUAAGUUCUUUUAAUUUCAAACCGAACUUCAGGAGAUCUGAGCAGAUGCCUGUUCCUCCGGAAGAAUUAAGGUGCCCCAUAUCUUUACAGCUUAUGUAUGACCCUGUGAUUAUUGCUUCGGGGCAGACGUAUGAAAGAAUUUGUAUAGAGAAAUGGUUCAAUGAUGGGCAUAACACGUGUCCAAAAACACAACAGCACCUUUCUCAUCUUGCAUUGACUCCCAAUUAUUGUGUUAAAGGUCUUGUUGCUAGUUGGUGUGAACAUAAUGGUGUUCCUGUUCCAGAUGGUCCUCCAGAAUCUCUUGACCUGAACUACUGGAGGUUGGUGUUAUCAGAAAGUGACACAGCCAACACAAAAGUGACAGAUAGUGUUGGACACUGUAAGUUCAAGGGCAUGAAGGUGGUGCCUUUGGAGGAGGAUAGUGGAAUAAUUGAAGAGGCAGAAGGAAAUGAAGUAGUUGAAGAUGUUACUGUACAAGAAGAUGAUGAAUGUGAGGUUAAUUUGUUUGAAAGAUAUGAGGACUUUUUGAACAUUUUGAAUGAAGAAGAAGAUUUGAAAAAACAGUGUAAGGUGGUAGAACAGAUAAGGCACUUACUGAAAGAUGAUGAAGAAGCCAGAAUAUAUAUGGGGGCAAAUGGUUUUGUGGAAGCCUUGUUGCGGUUUUUGGACUCAGCCUUGCAUGCGGGCAAUGAGACAGCUCAGGAAGUAGGUGCGAUGGCUCUUUUCAAUCUUGCUGUCAACAAUAACAGAAACAAGGAAAUGAUGUUGGAAGGAGAAGUGCUUGAAUUGCUUGGGAGAAUGAGUGCAAAUCCCGAGGUUGCUGGAUCAGCAACGGCUCUCUACCUCAAUCUGUCUUGCCUUGAAGAAGCCAAACCCCUAAUUGGAUCCAGUGUAGCUAUCUCUUUCUUGAUUCAGGUCCUUCACCAUGAAAAUGAUGUACAAUGUAGGCUCGAUGCACUUCAUGCCCUUUACAAUCUGUCGAGCCACCCAAGCAACAUUCCCCAUCUUCUAUCAGUCGGUAUCCUUGACAGCUUACUUGUCCUUCUUUCAUGUUCUGGCAUGGACCAUUCCUGGACUGAGAAAUGUGUCGCUGUUGUUAUAAACCUGGCGUCAAGCAGAACAGCUAGGGAGGAAAUCAUAUCUGGUGCACCGGGCCUAAUUAGCCGGCUCGCUACUAUUUUAGACAUUGGUGAGCCGGUGGAGCAAGAACAAGCAGCUGCGUGCCUUCUACUUCUAUGCAAUGGGAACGAGAAAUGCAGCCAAAUGGUACUUCAAGAAGGAGUCAUCCCCUCCUUGGUUUCAGUUUCAGUAAAUGGCACAAUGCGUGGAAAACAGAAAGCCCAGAAGCUGUUGAUGUUAUUUCGGGAACAGAGGCAGAGGGAGCCACCUCUCCAGACGCAAUCACUACAUUUGCAGCAGGCCCUAGAGCAGUCCGAUAGCAGCGAAAUGGCUACUACGCCCGUUGAAGAACUAAAGCCUCUGUCCAAGUCAGUUUCAAGGAGGAAAAUUGGUAAAGUUUGGAGCUUUUGGUCCAAGAACAAGAGCUUUUCAGCAUACUAAAGUUAAAUUACUUCCUUGCGGUGUUCGUAGCCUGGCAAAAAGUCUUGUAAAUUAGUGUCUUUAACCUCUUUGGUCCCACCACUAAGUUAAAAUCAGGGAAGAGUUGUACAGAAUCUUCCCUUAUAAAUUAACCACUGAAUUUUUCGCUUCCUCUUUUCUAGGGUAAAACGCUAAAAUUACCAGAGAAUGGAACAUGUUAGUCUAUGUUUUGAUACAUAAUUAGGAGUAAAUAUCCUUCUGUAGUUACAUAGACGUGAAAAUUGUAAAUGACGUAUGCCAUAACUUGGCGUGCUUAUGGCCAAGUUGGAUAAUUCUAGACUUUCUACUAGUGUAUCUUAUCCCACAUUUGCAGAAAGGUUCUGACAAAUUCCUGCUAGAGUGUUCUGAAGCUAUUUUGUGUUUCUGUUGUAGUUUUAGACCCAAUCAAAUGGAGUAUGAUCUGAAGCUCUGAACCAUGCAUGGUGGAUGGACAUCUCAUCGUUUAAACUAUGUUAAUCUUGUGAUUAUUUAUUUCCCUUUUCCAUAUGCUCAAUAUAACUAACUGUCAUCGCUGAGCUGCUAUAAUUUGCUGGGCGAUGAAAUUAGGAAGAA